UACACCAGUCAGGACGGUUGUUCAAACUUCGGCCCCGAAAACUAGACCCAGGAUGAAAUAUCUUCUACCCUUUUGCCUUGUCCUAAUAGCGGUCAUCGUCGAAGUCACAUCAGGCCUACAGCGCAAUGAACGAGGGGAUGAUGAUGAUCGCCGAGAACUCGACGAAUUCAGUGGCAAAAUCCCAGAAAUACCACUGAUUCUAACUGACGAUGCCGGUGAAAGGCCUUUGAGCAAGAGAUCCGUGACUAUUUUUGACCGGCCCGGCCAUGCCUCAGAGACGCAUGCCUGCACCACUGUCACCGCGGUCCCAGAAGAUCUCCGAAACCCUGAGAUAAUGAUGCCAAACGGACUUGAUGUCUUCUACCAGAAAUAUACCCACGCGUAUGGAAUCCCUAUCAUUGGUUCCCAGAAAGUGACCGAUUCUGCGUUACGUCGGGCGUGUUACCUGGUUCGAUUCUUGUUUGCCGAUAGACCCGAUGUCCGAGAGAUGUUCUAUAAGAAGUAUACUCGAUUCGGUCUUAUGGCUUAUGAUGAAAUGACCUCAGACAUCCCAGAACAUAAACACCUGACACCCCAUAGUUACUGGGAUGGGAGAGCCCGAGGCCUUGGGCCAACACUCGAUUGGCCAAUCGUUACUGGGGGUGAGGAAAAUACUGUAUGCUUGAAGGCAGACAGGUACACCACUGAGGACAUUCCUCUUCACGAGUUAGCCCACGGGGUAGCUCAACAUGGCGCCCGUUAUGCCAUUCCUGACUUCGAUGAGCGACUGGAUGCGUUAUAUGCGGCAGCCAAGGCCAGUGGAGAGUGGAACUCGACAUACGCCAUGACCAACAGCGGAGAAUAUUGGGCAGAAGCAACGCAGAGUUUCUUUAAUGAUAAUUUAGGCUCGAAAGUACCCAACAGGGCAGUACUGGAGGAGAAGGAUAUGGGGAUCGUCAAGCUUCUCCAGGAGAUCUGGCCGUGUAAAAACAAGUAUCUCAAAAGAUGCUACAGUUCAAGAGAACUUGAAGACGCACAAGUGUUGAAGAUGAACUGCAAUGGAACGAAGAGUACGGUAUUUACCGUUUCAGAAGAUUGCUUCGACAAAAACCGUGACUGCGAGAAUUGGGCAAAACACGGGGAAUGUACGAGAAAUCCAGUUUAUAUGAAAAGGAACUGCGAAAAAGCCUGUGGGCUGUGCACAUUACCUGCAACCAAGUACAGUGGUAAAGCUAAUAAAGGCAAGAGGGUUGUCGGGAAGCCAAUCCUGACUUGUGGUGAUGUGGCUGCCGACUGUCAGAAUAUCACUUGUACCGCCAACAUCACCUAUGCCAUUCAACAAUGCCGGAAAACAUGCACCAAGUGUAAAUAUUACCUAGAGAAGGACUAUGGGACUUUUAAAGCAUCUAAGGCGGUGGACGAGACCCAGUGUAAAUCAGGAGAUGGCUGGAAAAGAUGCUGGUGGGACGAGGAAUACAAAGCUAGCUCAAAGUGUACCGAGGAUGGAGGAAGGGUUAGGUUAAUUGAUGGCAAGUAUAACUGCGCGUGCAGGUACAAGGGCAAACCUAUGUACACAGAUUGCAGAAAACUAAAGGCAUGAGAAGAAGAUAUGUGACGUCACGGGAAGAAUCGUCAGGAGUUUUGGCAUAUUUUCAAUCGAUUUAGUAGUGAUUGAUUUGGAUCUUAUGAACUGUAAAUCGAUUGAAAUUCAAGAAUA